AUGCGAGGCCUGGGUUGUCACCACACGUACCCCGAUCCCGGCUGGCGCAGCGGUGUGGAGAGGGACACGGACAGAGAGAGUGGCAGGUGUUACUUGGAAGAUGGAGCUUCAAAAGGUGCCUGGCUGAAUCGGUCGAGUAUUAUUUUUGCUGGAAGUGAUAAGUGGUCAGUAGAUCCUCGAGUUUCAAUCGCAACAGCAAAUAGAAGAGAAUACAGCCUGCAGAUACAGGACGUAGACGUGACAGAUGACGGUCCAUACACUUGUUCUGUGCAAACUCAACACACUCCUAGAACGAUGCAGGUGCACUUAACUGUACAAGUUUCUCCGAAGAUAUUUCGUAUCUCGAGUGACAUCGUUGUGAACGAAGGAAGCAACGUUACCCUGGUGUGCCUGGCCACGGGGAAGCCAGAGCCUUCCAUUUCCUGGAGGCACAUCUCUCCGUCCGGUAAGCCCAAGGAAGAACGGUUUCAUGGACUGUCACAGCUUACCGCAGUGUCUCAUAAUCCUGAGUAA